UUUAUAUAAAUAUUAGAAAAGAAUAUAAAGAUAUUUAUAAUUUAUUCAAAACCGGUUUAUUCUUCUAAAUACACACAACUCCGUUGUUACAAGUCGAGGCGCAAAUCUUGUUAGCCAUGACGACAGAGGCCAUGCUGCAGUUGGGCAUUUUAAUCAUAACCCUUUCUUUGUUCUUCAUCAUGCACACUAUUCGUAGCCAAACAACCCAAACCAGAACCCGAACCCGCAACAAGAACCGCCCACCUGAACCGAACCGCCACUUAAUCCAAGCAUCGCGCCACCUGGCACGGGCCAGAUCCACCUCGCACCGAGCCCAACACGCCAAGAGCGCUAUCAUGGAAAUCGACAAAGCCCUCUCCAUUUGGCCCAGAGACCCGUGGGCCCACAUCCUCCGAGCACAAGCCCAGGACCUCAUGGGCCACCGCAUCGCCGCCAUCAAAUCCCUCGACGCCGCCCUAUCCUCGCCGGCGGCCAAGUCCCUAUCCGCCGAGGAGCGAGCUGACGCGCUGGUGAGGAGGGCGGAGAUGAAAGUGGGCGUUAACCGGCGGCGGCGGGUUGAGUCGGCGAUUGAGGAUUUGGUGGAGGCCGUGGAAGUGGAUGAAAGGAAAGGGAGUGAGUGGGAGGUGAUGUGCUUGCUCGGAAAGUGUUACGAAUGGAAAGGAAUGAAAGAAGAGGCUACGGAUGCGUUCCAGAAGGUUCUUCAGGUUCAUCCUCAUUCGGAGGAGGCUCGUGAUAGUUUACAUCGAUUAGGACUUUUUACAGAUAAAUGACUCUUUCUGAUUUUUUCUGUAUUUGAUUUUUCCGAUACAAGGAGUGAAUGAUCAUUUAUGCUUCUGUUUCUAAAUUAUUGCUAAUAAUUAA